GUUGUCGUGAGCAUGCGCGUGAUGUUAGCGUUGAGAGAAGACGUUCAAUAGCGUUUAGCUAGCUACUUCAAAUUACUCAGGUAACUUUAAACUUGGAAAUAUCGUUUAAUUCGAAGUAACACCAUUAGACAGUGUACACAACAUCGGAUAGUGUACGAAGGAUCGACUUUGGGCCGAAACGGCAAGUAAUUUUCACCACUAGCUGCAAAGCAGCUCCAGCCAACGGUUAGCCGUUAGCCAACUCUUCCAUGUGGAUUUGGACACACGCGACUCCCGAUCUUUAAGUUUUUGCCUGAAUCCAGUUUACUUUAGUAUUUGAGAGUUUGAAAAACUGGAGGCCUGCCAACUUAACUUGAAGACGGAGUCUUUGCCUACCAAGAUGUCAGACACCGAGUCUAUAAAGAAAAUGUUGAGGGCUGUACUCCAGUCCAGCAAGGGUGGCGUGUCUAUUACCAGCCUCCAGUCAGACUAUCGGUCACUAUGCGGAGAGAGUAUCCCGCUGAAGAAGCUUGGUUUCACAAAGCUGGAGGACUACCUCAGGACCAUUCCCUCUGUGGUGCGCUUAGAGUUCUGCAAGGGUGAGUUGAAGUGCUACGCUGCAGUGUGUAAAGAGACGGCCCACAUUGCUGAGCUGGUUGCCAGGCAGAAGAGCUCCAAGAAAGCUGGUCACUCCCAAGUCGUCAACUGCAAGAUGAGAUUCAAACCAUCCAACCCCUACAUGCUCAAUAUAAAACCAAGAUCCUGUCUCCGCCAACCCUCCGCGGGUUGUACCAAGUCUCCAGUAAAUCGUCCUUUGCUCCAUGGGGGCCAGCGAGGCUUCAGUGCCUCAGGAGACUACAGGCAGUUGGAUCAGAAGUUAAGCGUUAUCACCCCGGUUGAACACCGACCACCAGCUCCUCAACCAUCUGUAAAGCAGGAUUGCAACAGGAGAGAGAAGGAAGUGGUGAACCCCAGGAAUCCCACAGAGAUGUCUCCUGAACAUGUAUCCAGACCCAGUCAAUCCCAGUUUAGUACGUACGACGUGCAACUAGUGCAGAGCAGAAUAUCUCAGCUCCUGAAGAAGUACUGCAAUGGUCUGUGGAUGUCAAAACUGUCAGAGGUCUACAGUAAAAUGUACAAUCAGAAGCUACAUCCUCAGGUUCUCAAAGACAUGGAAAAGUGGACAGACAUCUGUAUGGUGGAGCAACCUUCCAUCACCAACCGAGCUGACCGGCUCAUCUAUCCUCCUUUGACUCCAAAGCCCGCUACAGUCCCUUCAAAAAGCGCCGUCAACUCCUGUCCAGCAUCACCCGUCAACAUAAGCCCCGUCACUGAUGCCGUUUCUUCAAAUCCCUCAGCACUUCCACUUUCUACACCUCUCUUCCCAUCUCCUGUUCCUCAACCCAGAGUUUCUCCAAAAAGCCUGUUGUCUAAGGCCACCUUCGUUUUUCCUCCACAACCUGAUGUCUCUGCAGUCAAAUUACGAAGCCCUGCCAAAAACCCAGCUGUUGCUCCCCGACUUCCCUCGCAUAUCGAUCGUGCAGUCCGUGCUAGCGGUGGAUGUAAAGAGGAUCACAUUUUACCUACAGCUACAAUCGGCCAUGGCCAACACACCGAGCCCUUAUCCCCCACACAGCCUUCCCUCACAUCCACCAACUCUCCUGCAGUAGCUUCCUCCACCUUCCUCCAACCUGACCGUGACAUUUUACCUCUUUUGAAGGUCACAUCGCCUCAGCCUUCCCAUCCUGCCCCCUGUCCUCCCUCUUCUACUGUCGUUGUGACAGCUGAGGUGCGUCAGAGGAUAAAAGAGCUUCUGUCAAAGUACAGCCAUGGUCUGUGGGCCCAUGCUUUGCCGACACUUUUUAUGGACACAUACAAGACACCGUUCCCCCAGUAUGUUCUGGACAACUUGUCUCUUUUGCUUGAUAUAUGCAAUGUGGAGUACCCGUUGCCUCAUGACAAGCAGAAGGCCAUCUUGUAUAACUCCAGCAGAGCAGAUAUGGGACCCGCUAACGGCCAAGAAAGCCAACAGUGCAGCAGCUAUCCCCUCCCCUCUGGCCUGGAGGUCCUGGGUCCCGUGGUUCCUCCCUGUCUGGUUCUUCCCUCAGAGCAGUACCCCUCAGUACUGGUUACUGAGGCCAAGAGCAGCAAUGCUGUGACUAUAAGGUAUGUAGGUGAGAACUACUCCAAUGCCCAGGAAGCCAUGGAGGAAGUCAUGCAUUCGUUCUACAACCAAAGCCCCACACAGCGUCCUCUGACUAGCCCCACUGUGGGUCAGCUGGUAGCAGUCAGAGGGGCGGAAGGACAAGAGUUUGCCAGAGCACAGGUCAUGAAGGUCGUAGCCCCUGGGAAGAUCAAGGUUUACUACAUGGACUACGGCUUUUCUGUGGAGACCAGUGAGAAUCAUCUGCUAGAGCUCCACCAGGAUUUCCUCUCUCUGCCCUUUCAAGCCACAAAUGUCAGGGUCGCAGGACUGGAGGGAUUCAGCUCGCAUCUAUUGCUACUAUCCUCCCUGGAAAAAUUGGCAGUUGGAAAGAUCCUGCUGAUGGAAACAUUGGAGCCGUGUCAACAGAAUGAGAUUCCUGCAGCUGUCUUUUAUGAUACAUCUCAGGAUGACGACGUCAACAUAAACUCCGCCUGCCUUAAGGCUCUUCAGGACAAGACCAUGAACAACCCUCUGACUGUAAAUGUUACCUAUGGAGAUGUGUGUGUCACAAAUGUAUGUCCAGAUGGACUCAUACACUGCCUGCUGCCCUCUAGAGGAACUGCAAGACUGAACAAGUUACUGGAAGAAACAGAUGCAUACUUCAAGUCCCAGAUUACGUCGGAGUCUCUUGUGUCCAGACCUUUCAGUGGCAAGUUCUGUCUAGCCCGCCACAAAGGAAACUGGGCCAGAGCAGAGAUUACCAACAUGUAUGGAAACAGAGUGAUGGAGAUUUCCUUCAUUGACCUGGGUGUUUCUACAACAGUAGAAGUCACAGAUCUUCGAGAGAUCCCGCCUCCUUUUCUCCAAAGCUUCACUGUCAUCCCACCACAGGCUAUUAAAUGUCGCCUGGCUGACCUCACAGUUCCGGAAGGAGACUGGAGCCCAGAGGCUGUUCUUUGGCUUAAGGAGGCUGUCCUUGUCUCUGGAGACUGUAAAAUGAAGAUCUUGAAGUUAGACCAACAUAAAGGGGACAAGCUGGUCUAUAUGUACCUGUUCAUUGGUGUUGACAGUCAGGAGCUGCAAAAGAGCGUCAACCAUCAACUAGCCCAGUCAGAGUUGUGGCAGAAACUCACAUCUAAGAAUGUAACCAGCAGCAGCAGCAGUGGGGAUUCAGGUCUCACUGCUCUAGUUGAGGGGUUGUCUCUGAGCAGCGUUAUCAAGGCCUCAGCCCAGCCAUGUCACAGAACAGAGGAAGAGGCCGCGACUAAAACUGGAGUGCAGCCACUGACAGUUCCUCCUCCACUGGAGCUCCCCCAGCCUGGUCAGACUAUUGACGUGUUUGUGUCAGUUGCGUGUCACCCUGGUUACUUUGUGCUGCAGCCAUGGGAGGGCCUGCAUAAGCUGGUAGUGUUGAUGGGGGAGAUGAUCCUUUAUUAUAACCAGACGAACACAACCACAGACAUCCAGAAAGGAGGCCUCUAUGCUGCCAAGAUAGACAAAGACUGGCACCGGGUGCAGGUGAAGGGCUUUCUGUCCAAUGGGUUGGUUUCUGUCUACGAGCUGGACCGCGGUAAACAUGAGCUGGUCCACAGUAGCUCCAUCCGGCCGCUGAUAGAAGAAUUCAGACAGCUGCCCUUUCAGACUGUCACUGCACAACUGGCAGGUGUGAUACAGCACCAGUGGUCAGAGGAGGCCUCUAUGCUCUUCAGGAACCACGUGGAGAAGCGAGCGCUGGUAGCUCUGGUGGAGAGUGUGCAGGAAAUGUCAGAGGCUAAAUGUGAGCCGUGGGAGCGCAAGCUAACAGUUUACCUGGUGGACACUACACUGGAGGACAGGGACCUUUGGGUUCACACCAUCAUGGCUGACAUCGAUGGUGAACUGUCUUCAGCUGCCUAGGAUGUGUCCAUGAGGCUCGCCUGACUCUUGGACUGUUAGUGUGACUCAUUAAACCCAGGCUUUGAACCUGCAUUAUCAUUUUGAAACAAACCUAACUGGUGUUAAUUCAGCAACACUUUCCGUUCCUUCAAGUUAAAAUAAAUGUGUAGCAUGUUUUGUGUUGGUUAUGACUACUAUCCCAUGGUUUUGGUUUGUUUGCUGUGCUUUAUAUACUGAGUGCUUAAAGCGUCUUUGUAUUAUUUUUCUAUUCAUAUGUGCACAUACUAUAUUUUUGUUAGAGUGGUUGUUUCCAACAUGUAGGAUGAGGACUGUGGAGUUUAUUCUUUGACUUGAAGUUGAUUACUUAAAAUAUAAACUAUGGGACUGUU